AUGUCAAAUAGAGUAUAUAAAAAUAUUGGUACAGAAAAUCAUAAGGUCAAACACAAUGUAAUUGGGAUUGCAGAGUUUGUUCAAGAACCAUUCUCUAUUGGAAAAGGUAGGUUUAAACUAACUGAUCAACUUGGUGAUAAGAGACUCUUUGUAAAUUCAUUCCAAAACAAAGAUGGUUAUUCUCAUUGUAAAUUCAAUCUUUAUGAACAUAUUAGUUCGAUUGUAAAUUAUUCAUUACUGUGUCAAGACAAUCCCACAAAAAUAGAUACCUUAAUCUCUGGAGAGAGUGAAAGGAGACUCGUAAAAGUACUACUUCCUUUGUCUUUGGGUAAGAAAAAAACAAAUGGAUUAAAUCCAAGGCAAAGUAAUAAUAAUAAUAAUAAUAAUAAUAAUUUAAAUAAUAAUAAUAAUAAUAAUAUAAAUAAUAAUAAUGACACUAACGAUAACAUUAAUGAUAACAAUAAUAACAAUAACAAUAACAACAAUAACAAUUUUAAUAAUAUUAAUAAUAUUAGUAAUAAUAAUAAUCAAGUUUUAAAUGGAAAACAAGGGUUAGGAUCAAAUUUGAACCGACCUUCAAAUGUUUAUCAAACAUUGGAAACAUUAUCAACAAAGGAUAUAUGUGAUAAUAUAAUUGUAAAGUUGUGUGCAAAAGAGCCAGUAUCUGCCAAGUAUUUCGACAGCACACCUUGGAAAGGAAUGGUUUGGGAUGGUACAGGUAGUGGAACCACCUAUGAUACUCGAGUCGAUCAAAGUGUUCUUGGAGUUUUUAUCACUGUCAUUUGUUUUGAUAAAAAGCAAAAAGAGAUACUAGACAAGGUGGCAAUGGAUUCAUGGAUUCAAUUAAAAAGUGUAAAGUUAAAUGAAUAUGGAGGGAAAUCAGAAUUAAAGUUAAAUCACCAUUCUGAAAUUAUUCAAUUGGAUCACACUGAUGAAAGAGUAGUAAGAUUAAAAAAAAAUCAUAAUGUCAGAUUAAACAAACAUCUUAUUUUGGAAAAUGGAGGAGGACAAUCUACAUUAUCUUUAACAAAAAUUGAACAUGAAGAUCAAGAUAUAAUACCAAUUUCAAAGGUACAUAUUAUUUCUCAAAGAAUGAAGCAUCCAAUGUAUUUCAGAAUCAAAGCAAGUAUAUCUGAUUAUUUCCCGGCUGCCUAUUCAAAGGAAUGGAUAGUAUUACAAUGUUUAAAUUGUUCAAGCUUUGUAGAUUUAAAAAUACCACAACUUCCAAAGUAUUGUAAAGGAUGUUACAAUUCAGAUGAUUUCAAAUUCAAAUAUUGUUCCAAAUUUUUAUUGGAUGAUGGAUCUGGUCAAGUUUUGGAAGCUUAUUUAAUUGACCAUUCUUUUAAAUUUUUUGAUGUAAAACAAGGAGAGACCUAUGCUGAAAUGUUUUCAAAUUUGAAAUAUGUUGGAGAUAUAAUAGAUCAUUUGACAAUUGAUCACCCUCGUUUAGAUUUUUGUAUCUAUUCAUUUAAUGUUGAAGAAAAGACUGUUUAUCACAUUGUAGAUACCUGUUUUGAUACAAUCUAUCUCAACAAAAUUAUACAUUAUUAA